UUUUUAUAUGUUCUGACUAAUUUGUAGAAUCUAUUUUCAGUGAAGGUUGAUUUGCCAGAUAAAGUAUGUGGAGAAUGUCCGAUACCAAGGGGCAUGGAACCUGAAAAAGUUAUAAGAAAGCAGAGAUUGAGUGGAUUAGCAAAGGCUAAGGCUCUCAUGAGAGCGAAAGGUUUUAAAUCUAAAGACCCCUUUUUCGUAGUUCUUAUGCAACCAUCUUUUGUUGGAGCUGGGUUUCGUAUGAUUGUACCAUUUCCCUUUGCAAAAACUUACCUCAGUAAGUCUCAAGAUGUGAUCCUUAAGGUUCAGAACGGGAGGAGGACCUGGUCUGUUGAUUACAUAUGUAGACAGUACAAAGGAUCUUCAAGUACAAGAUUCGAUUGUGGUUGGAAAGCAUUUGUUCGAGAUAAUGAUUUGAAAGUAGGCGAUGUUUGUGCCUUUGUUUUGAAAAAGAGCAUUGGAAUAAUAUUAUUCGAAGUGGUUAUUUUUCAUGGCGAUGGUGUAGCAAAUUCCCCUGUGUUAACAGGUAAACAAGAACUCUAUUAUCCUAUACUAAUAAUAGUAAUAAUAAUAUUGUCUUGAUCAUUCUUCUCUUCACCCUUAAAAUAUGAAGAAGAAGAAGCACAAGAAGAAGAGGCUGAUCAGGAUCUAA